AUGGCGCCAGGGCUCAAACGCUUCACCGACGUCGCCGGAGACGGCACGCCCCGCCUCGACGACGCCGCCGGCGAGGAGCUCAUGUGCGUGGAGCGCGCCGCCUCGGUCGCCCUCGGCAGCCGCGCGCCGGAGCCCCCGGGAACCCUCUUCAUCACCACCAGGAGGGUGAUUUGGCUCAGCGAGGCGGAGAAGGGCAAAGGAUACGCGGUGGACUUCCUGGACAUCACGCUCCACGCAGUGUCGCGCGACCCGGAGGCGUACCCCUCGCCGUGCCUCUACACUCAGAUUGAAGCCGAAGCUGACUCUGAUGAAGAGGAUGGUGAUUUUGACUCUGAAGCAAAUGGUGACUCACAGCUACCAAAAAUCUCUGAGAUGCGUAUUAUACUGGCAGAUGCUGCCCAACUAGAUUCACUUUUUGAUGCCUUCUGCCAUUGUGCUGAGCUGAACCCUGAUCCUACUGCUGAAGAAAAUGAAGAUGGUGAGGGUAUGACCAAUGGUGGUUGGAUUCAUGGUGAUGAAGAUGAACACAUGGUUGAUGGAAUCGACCCUGAGUUUUUUAUUCCCACCCCGAUAGGUCAAAAUGGUGGAGAUGGCCUCAGUUCUUCAGUACUUGAGCUUCAAAUCAAUGACCAGCGUUUCGAGGAUGCGGAGGAAGAGGAGGCCCGUGAAAAUGGGCAUUAA